CCUCAUGAAUGAGCUCAGCUUGAGAGACCUUCCAAAGAGAGUUGAGGAAUGUUCUAAAAUAGAUGUCAUUCAGCACUGUGAACCUGAAGUUUGACACAAAUAGAAAGGCAGACUCUUCUAGUCCUACUGUUCUUGAUCCCUCCCUCUCAGAGUCUCUCCAGCUCUGACUUCAACCCCACUAUCACCCCCAUGGCUCUCUGAUUCAACUCCCAGUUGAGGAGGGAAAGGAAAAUCCAGAAGCUUUGUCAGAUGUAUGAGAAUGGGUCCUGGCCUCCACAGCUGUGAAGGGGUUAAGAGGCUGGGCCAAUUACCCCAGCCUGCUCCUCCCAGGGAUUAAGAGUCCUCUAUAAAGGGGACUGUCCACACAGACCAGGCCAGGGGGGUAGCAGGGACCCAGGCACCGUGCCCAUCCCCCCUGCCAUGUGGGAACUGCGGUCAACCUCCUUCUGGAGGGCCAUAUUUGCUGAGUUCUUUGCCACCCUCUUCUAUGUCUUCUUUGGACUGGGGGCCUCACUGCGUUGGGCUCCUGGACCCCUGCAUGUUCUGCAGGUGGCUCUGGCCUUUGGCCUCGCCCUGGCUACACUGGUGCAGGCUGUGGGCCACAUCAGUGGAGCCCACGUCAAUCCUGCAGUCACUUUUGCCUUCCUUGUGGGCUCCCAGAUGUCCCUGCUCCGUGCCUUCUGCUAUAUGUUAGCCCAGCUCCUGGGAGCUGUGGCAGGGGCUGCUGUGCUGUAUAGUGUUACCCCGUCUGCCGUCCGAGGAAACCUAGCACUCAACACGUUGCACCCUGGGGUGAGCGUGGGCCAGGCCACAAUGGUGGAGAUCUUCCUGACGCUCCAGUUCGUGCUCUGCAUCUUUGCCACGUACGACGAGAGGCGGAAUGGCCGCCUGGGCUCCGUGGCGCUGGCUGUUGGCUUCUCCCUCACCCUGGGGCACCUCUUUGGGAUGCAUUAUACUGGUGCAGGCAUGAAUCCUGCCCGCUCCUUUGCUCCUGCCAUUCUCACCCGGAACUUCACCAACCACUGGGUGUACUGGGUGGGCCCAAUCAUCGGAGGGGGUCUGGGCAGCCUUCUCUACGACUUUCUCCUCUUCCCCCGGCUCAAGAGUGUUUCUGAGAGACUGUCUAUCCUCAAGGGUGUCAGACCCAGUGACCCCAAUGGACAACCAGAGGUCACAGGGGAACCUGUUGAACUGAAGACCCAGGCACUGUAAAAGCUCCAGCUGGAGAGAGGGAAUAGAAAGCUUCUGGGUUUAUGUGGAGGGGCUGAUCCAGCCUCUGGAUGAAGAAAGAGACUGUGGGGAGGGGCAUGUAUUUCUUUAUUUUUUAACUUAUGUGUGUGUUUUUUUUUUCCCCUUUUGCUGUGUGAAAUCUUUCAAGUUGCAUUCAUGAGCUGGUUGGUGCAAACUUCCCUUCCUCCCCAUCCCACCUCCUUUCGCCGUGUGUGCUCGAUUGUGCAUAUGAAUGUGAGUGUGGCUGCUUCUGAGAGCUAUGGAAAGGAACAGAGAUGUCAUCCUAUACCUCCCUUCCUCAACCCUGUGUGGUGAGCACCUGGGAACCAAGACCUUAGGUUUCUGGCCUUUACUCUCUGCUGCCCGUCAAGUGUAUGGCUCUUGAUUUCUGAGGGAACAGGGAAGCAGGGAGUUACUCCUCACAAGAGGCAGAGAAGCGGAGGAGAUAAGGAAUUCCAAGGGUUGGGAGAAGGGACGCAAUGGAGGUAUUAGCCCAGCUCAGGAUUCAAGUGUACCACAAAGUUUUAGGGAAGUUAAUGGGAACAUUUAGCCUACUUAUCUCAGGGAUGCUUACCCCAGGGACCUGGGUGGGGAAGUAGCUCUGAGAAAAGUGAACACUGGGAUUUGAGUUGUUCUGUAAAGCCACAUAAACCUGUCUACAUCCA